UUAUCCCGGGGUGAGAGUAACCGAACCGAAUUCCGAUUUUUCAAUUUUUCUCAAACCAAAGAAUUGGUUUUUUGGUUUUCUCUUCAAUUUUAGUACAGUUUUUUUUCUUCUUCUCAAUUGUUAUUGUUAUUUAAUUAUUAUUAUUAUUAUAAUUAUUUGAAAAUUAUAUUAUUCUUGUAAAAGUGAAAUAGAUUAAUAAUACUAUUAUACAAAUAAAUCUAUUUACGUACAACAAACAUAUAAAAUCUUAUAUAAGAUUGAUACAUACACAACUCAUUCUCAAUCCAUCUCGUUUUUUUUUAUAUAUUUAUAUUUAUAUAUAUAAAUAUAUAUAAUUUUUGUUAUAUGUUAUUAUGGCAGAAUGGAUUUUAGAUAUUUCUGAUCCAUUAUAUGAGGAACCAUUUCGUGCUCGUAGUCACACUUGGCCUCUACCACCUACUAGUUUAUCAAUUAAAUCGGAAGAAGAUGGUCUUUCCGAUCCAAAUAACAACAAUAAUAUCUCUUUGAGUGGUGGUGAAGUGUCCAGCGGUGAAAUUAAACCAAAUGGAAAUUCAAGUGAUAAUAGUGGUCAUAAGAAAAAUUCUUCUCGACGAAAUGCUUGGGGUAAUAUGUCUUAUGCUGACCUUAUUACCCAAGCAAUUCAAAGUUCUUCGGAGAAAAGGUUAACCUUAUCUCAAAUAUAUGAUUGGAUGGUACAAAAUGUUCCAUAUUUUAAGGAUAAAGGUGAUUCAAAUUCUUCUGCUGGUUGGAAGAAUUCUAUUAGACACAACUUAUCUCUUCACAAUCGAUUCAAACGAGUUCAAAACGAGGGAACAGGUAAAAGUUCCUGGUGGGUAAUCAAUCCGGAAGCUAAACCGGGUAAAGCUGCAAGACGACGGGCUGCCAGCAUGGAGACGCAAAAGUAUGAAAAGAAACGAGGUCGAGUCAAAAAGAAGGUCGAAGCUCUUCGCAAUGGUACUAUUCUUGAUGAUAAAGCAUCUCCUGGUUCGUCUGUUUCUGAAGGUUUAGAUAUGUUCCCGGAAUCACCCCUUCAUCAUGGUUUUCAAUUAAGUCCUGAUUUUCGACCUCGAGCCUCGUCUAAUGCCAGUUCUUGUGGUAGACUUUCCCCAAUCAUAAUUGAAUCAGAUUUACAUGAUGAUCACGCUCCUUCCUUGUCCCCAAUAUCCUCAUGGAACUCAGAUUUACGUUUAUAUAAUACCAAUGAUGUUCAAGAUACGUACACGGAAAAGUUGGUUGAAAUGGCAAACACCAUGAAACUUGGUGGUCCUAGUUACAGUUCGAAUAGUCCAAAUUCACCUCAGUCUCAAACACAACAGCAGCAACAAUCAUCACAACUUCAUCAUCAUCUUCAGUCUCAACAAAGUGGUUCAUCUUCAUCUCCAAGCAGCAAUUCUUUGACCAAAUCAUACACCAAUUUAAACUGUUUUGGUGCUACAGGAUCAAAUCUUACUUAUUCAACUACCUCCAUUUCUUGUAACUCUAUAAAUCAAUCAUCUGGUGAUGGAUCAGAUGUUAAUUCAAGUCCAAACGGACCAAUCUUGUUAGAUUGUAAUUCCUCUGAAUCAUAUUUUACAUCAACUAAUACGAUAGACAGUAACAUCACAUUGACCACAUUAAAUACAAUUAACAACAAUACAAGUACAAGAAGUCCAAACAAGCCAAUAAUUAAUUCCGAGGCAACAACUUUUGGCGCCAAUCAAAAUAGUGCCAACAGUUCAUUCAGCUCGUCAAACAUGUCACCCUCUCUGUCUCCCAGUCAAUCAAUGGAUUUACUUUCCAGUUCAAAUCAAGUAAACAGUCCAUUGAGUAAUAACAAUAAUUUCGGCUCAAAAAGUAGUCAACAAAAUCAAUCACAAUCAAGCAAUCGUCAAUUAACCUCCCAAAAUAGAGGAUUUGGAUCCACUGGUUUGGAUAAUGAUACUCUUCGUCGACUCAAUAACAAUUCAAAAUUAUUAGGGUCACUUUCAUCACUUGGAACCACAGCCUCCCAGGUGAUGGGUCACAUACUGUCCUUUAACAAUCCAUUGCCUAACGAUUUGGAUUUAAAUAUGGACUCAUUACAGGGAGGCUUAGAAUGUGAUGUAGAUCAAGUAAUAAGACACGAAUUAUCCGUCGAGGGUAAUCUUGAUUUUAAUUUUGAAUCAAUGCAAGCCUCAGAUGAUAAUUCAAUCCAAGGAUUAAAUGGUACUUUUCGUUCCAGCCAAAUGUCCAACAUCUAAGUGAUUCUAAUAUUGAUUUGUUUUCUCUUCAUCUUUUUUUUGUUCGUUGUUAUUUCAACACACAAAUACACCUUAACACCACCCAAAACGCCUUACUCUCUCUCUCUCUAUCACACAUACAUACACACUAACAUUUACCAUUCAUAAAUAUAUAUAAUUUAUAUAUUUACCUGUGCUACAACAAAACUUACCUUUAAAAUCCCCUGAAAACAAAAACGAUAGGAAAUCUAUUUUAAACGUAAAUCUGUAGUUACACUUAAUUGUUACCACACACAUAUAGCUCAUAUUGACAGUUAAUCAUCAUGAUCAAAUGGAUUAACUGUCCAUGUGAAUAAGACGAAGUGAAAAAAAAGACUUAUAAAUAUCAAUUAAUCCAAAAUUAUUAUAUAUAUAAAUAUUAUAUAUAUUGAGAGAAAACAAAAUCAAAAUGAAAAAAAAAAUCAAUCAAUGCUGUUACAUAUAUAUUCUGAUGACAAAAGAGUAUUAAUCAAAAUCAAUCAAAAAAUUGAAACAAGAAAAUUAAUUUACAGAUUUACUAAAACAAUAGUUAUCACCUUCUCCUCCCUACUAAUGCUUAUAGUUAGAAAGCCAUAAUUAACUUUUCAUUUGUUCUAAUUGCCCGGUAAUUAAGUUGUAAACUCUUCUUCUUACCUGAGGUUUAUAUCUCUCUUUCCACCCUCACCCUAAUCUUAAUCCUCUUCUUUAAACUUUUUUUCUUCUCCUUCUUUUUUUGCAUAAAUGUUCCGGUUCUCUCACACCUUUUGUUCAAUAAUCGUUGUUGUUGUUUAUUUUUAAAUUUGUGAAAAAAAAUCUACUAUUUUAACUAAUUAAUUUAACUCUUCGUAACUCUCUUCAAGUGGAUAAACAAUCAAAAAAAAAACAAUAACCUUCUAACUGUGUAUAUAUAAUAUAAUGUGCGUCAAGAAAAAAACAAAAAGAUUCAAGCCCAAAGCUCAAAAAUACAAAAUUUGAUUUGGAUUAAGAAAAAGAUUCAUGUUAAUUGUUUCCGUCAUCAUUUGGGAUUAAUUUGGUUCCGUUUUUCUUUUGUAUGUAAUAUUACAAAAAUCAAUUCCAAAAGAUGAACUUCAAUAUCAACCACCAAUCAUCAUCAUUUUGGAUUUAUCAUCAUCAUCAUUUACUAUUAAUUUCUAACACGAUCAACUUUCUCUCUCUCUCUCUCUCUCUCACUCCAUCGCUGGGAUAUCAUCGCAUCAAUCACCUUGUUAAUUGCUGUUGCUGCAACUAAUGUUCAUCUUUGGGUAUUCAUUGUCCCUUCUCAUCACCAUAAAAAGAAAUUGCCACCACUUUCAACUAACGAAGAAGGAAAAGUUUAGCUCUGAGUGAGAUUUUCUCUCUCCCCUCAAAUAGCCGCAAUCGUCGUUGUUUCUGUUUACCUUUUUUUUUAAUGGAAAAAUUUGUUCGGUAAUAAGAAACCCGUAAAAACGAAAGUAGAGAAAAGCUCCAGAAAGAUGAGGAAGAUAAGAUUUUUGUUUUCUCUCUUAUCUAAAGAGAAAUAAAGAGAAAGAGAAACUUUGAUUACCUGUCUUGAGAAGGAGAAGAAGAAAAAUGGAGGAGAUGAUGAGGAUGAUGGAGGAGGAGAAGGAAGAAGAAAGAUAAACUUGUAAAUGUUUAUUAUUUUUUUUUUCUUUUCUGUUUGUGAAGCAAAUCAUCACUUUUUUAAGAGGAUGAGGAGAGAUGAUGAUGAACGUUACACAUAAAUGCGACUUAUUACUUUUUUCUCUUUCUUUUCUUUUCUUUCUUUCUCUCUCUCUCAUUUUCUCUUUACCUGUAACUUUUUCUAUUCAUCAAAAAAAGAGAUCAGAAGAUUCAACUUAUCGUCCAAUAUAUUGAUUCACAAUUGCUGAUGAAAAUAUAACCUUUUUUAUCAUGAUCGUCAUCAACUAUCUCACCACCAUCUCGAUGCUUCAUCAUAAUUAUAAUUAUUAUCAUCACAUUUUGACAAAAUUAUUAUCAAAAUUUUCUCAACCUGUAUCAUUAUCUUUAUCCAUAGACUCCCUCAUCUUUUUAUCCGCCUCCAUCUUUUCACAUUAUCCUUUUCUCUCUCACUCUCACUCUCACUCUCAUUCUUUAUCUUCUCUUGAAUCUUUCUUCUCAUUGUUACCUUGCUUUUCUUUCUCGUUCUGGAUUCUCUCUCUCUCUCUCUCUCAGCCUUUUCCCUAUCAUCAUCCUUGGCAUCAUUGGAAACCUUCAUUUACCCAAUUUUCUUUUCUCCCCCUCCCUGUUACUCUCUCUCUCUCUCUCUCUCUCUCUCUCUCUCUCACACAAUUUUUUGUUACCUUGAUUUCUCUGUUUCGAGGUUUUCUCUGUCUCUUCAUCAUCCUUGACUCCAUUGAAACCUUCAGCUAAUCAAUCAACAGUCUACACACCAUCAUCAUCGUCAUCAUCUGGUAUCUCUCUCUCUCUCUCUCCCUCUCUUCAACCAGAUCUCAACCUGUGUUUAUGACCCCAAAAAUGAUGAGCCUUUUUUUGCCUCUUUCAUAGCCUCAUUUUUUUUCAUAAAGUUGAUAAUUCCUGUCAAAUCAUAUAUAUUGUAAGAUAGAUGACCUUUUCAGAUCGUUAAUCACAACACACCAACAACCAAUCAUACACAUUACCUACAUACCCGGUGUUUUCCUCCUGAAUCAAUCCCUUUUCAUGUAAAACUGAAUUAAACAAAUUGGAUUAAUCGUUCAAAAAAUAACAAAACUAAUUUUGAAUUUA